CUCAGUCAAGUCCUAAGUGCAGAUUACUCAAGGCCGAACUCAAUGCGCACAACCUCCUCCAGCCGCGCUAGCGUCCCUCUACAGGAUAAACUCCUUCGUACGCGCGUCUUCCGCACGUAGUGUUUCGACUUGGAGCUUUUGAGUUUUCGUCGACUCAAAAGAGUAGAGGGAGCUUUUGAGUCAACUCUACAGUCAUCUCGUCUCCAUGGGUGCGCUAUCGGCGUUCGGGGGGGGGGGGGAGCAGCUUCUCCCGACUCUUCCGCCGUCGGCGGAAAGAAGCCCACGCCAGGUCGAGGCGGAGUCGUUCCUUCCGCGUCCGCCGAGGAAUCCCGCGUGCGCGCGAUCGCGGAGAUCGUGCGCGCGAUGAUCGACGGCGUGCGCGCGGGUCGCGACGUGAACCUCAACGCGAUCAAGUCCGACGCGUCGCGCAAGCACGGGCUCUCGCGCGCGCCGAAGCUCGUCGAGAUCAUCGCCGCGGUCCCCGAGGAGCACCGCGACGCGCUGAUCCCGAGGCUCCGCGCGAAACCCGUUCGCACGGCGUCCGGAAUCGCGGUCGUAGCCGUCAUGUCGAAACCCCACAGAUGCCCGCACAUAGCGACGACAGGGAAUAUUUGCGUGUACUGUCCGGGGGGCCCGGAUUCGGAUUUCGAGUACUCGACGCAGUCUUAUACGGGGUAUGAGCCGACGAGCAUGCGGGCGAUAAGGGCGCGGUACCACCCGUACGUCCAGGCGCGCGGUCGGAUCGACCAGCUGAGGCGGCUCGGACACAGCGUGGAUAAGGUGGAGUACAUCCUGAUGGGCGGCACGUUCAUGUCGCUGCCAGCGGACUACCGCGACUACUUCGUGCGCAAUCUGCACGACGCCCUCUCCGGCCGCUCCUCUGCGUCUGUCGCCGAGGCAGUGCAGUACGCCGAGCACGCCGCCACGCGCUGCAUCGGGCUCACCAUUGAGACCCGCCCAGACUACUGUUUGGGGCCGCACCUGCGGCAGAUGCUGGCGUACGGGUGCACGCGGCUGGAGAUCGGCGUGCAGAGCACCUAUGAAGACGUGGCGAGGGACACCAACCGUGGCCACACCGUCGCGGCUGUGGCCGACUGCUUCUGUCUGGCAAAGGACGCUGGCUUCAAGGUGGUAGCGCACAUGAUGCCCGAUCUGCCCAACGUGGGCAUGGAGCGAGACAUGGAGUCCUUCCGCGAGUUCUUCCUCAGCCCAGCCUUCCGCACGGAUGGCCUCAAGCUCUACCCCACGCUCGUCAUCCGCGGCACGGGGCUGUACGAGCUCUGGAAGACUGGCAGGUACCGCAACUAUCCACCGGAGAAGCUCAUAGACCUGGUGGCGCGCAUCCUGUCCCUCGUGCCACCCUGGACCCGAGUCUACCGCAUCAUGCGCGACAUCCCGCUGCCACUUGUCACGUCGGGAGUGGACAAGGGCAAUCUGCGCGAGCUGGCGCUGGCGCGCAUGGCGGACCUGGGGCUCAAGUGCCGGGACGUGCGGACCCGAGAGGCGGGCAUACAGGACAUCCACCAUGACGUGCGGCCGCACGACGUGCAGCUCGUGAGGCGAGACUAUGCCGCAAAUGAUGGCUGGGAGACGUUUCUCUCGUACGAAGACGUGAAUCAGGAUAUUCUGGUGGGGUUGCUGCGGCUGAGGAGGUGUGGGCCCCACGUGACGUGCCCGGAGCUGAAGGGGAGGUGCUCCGUUGUGCGCGAGCUGCAUGUGUACGGCACGGCUGUGCCCGUGCACUCCAGAGACACCGACAAGCUGCAGCACCAGGGAUACGGCACACUAUUGAUGGAGGAAGCUGAGCGCAUUGCAAGGUGGGAGCAUCGGUCCACUAAGCUAGCUGUGAUCUCAGGCAUAGGUACUCGGCACUACUAUAGGAAGCUGGGCUACGAGCUGGAGGGGCCGUACAUGGUGAAAGCACUGCCUCGUGUUGUGACGGGAAGGCGACAGAAGGCCAGUAAGAGGCGAGCUAAGCAAGCUGUGUUUUUAUGUUGACUGUACAGUGGUUUUGUAAUGUGAUGAAUAAUGAAGCUGCUUUCACUGC